CGCUUGUUUAUCGUUCUCAAGUUUUGUCAUCAUUAGCGCUUAAUAACAACAACAAGAAUGCCUUCACAAGCUGAACUCAAGGAAAUAUUUCUAUUGUAUGAUGAGGAAUUAGAUGGUAAAAUUGAUGGUACACAAAUUGGUGAUGUGGUACGAGCAGCAGGUCUUAAGCCAACUAAUGCAAUGGUUGUUAAAGCAAGUGGAAAUGAAUAUAAACGAAAGGGUGAAAAACGUUUAACAUUUGAAGAAUGGAUGCCAAUUUAUGAGCAAUUAAGCAAAGAGAAGGAACAAGGAACGUUCCAGGAUUUUGUCGAAGGGUUGAAAGUUUUCGAUAAGGAAGAAUCAGGAAAGAUUAUGGCAGCAGAAUUAAGGCAUGUGUUGAUGGCAUUAGGUGAGCGUUUGUCAGCUGAAGAAGCGGAUGAAAUACUGAAAGGUUCGGAAGAUGCGGAAGGAAUGGUUACCUAUGAAGCAUUCGUCAAAAAGGUACUAGCUGGACCGUUUCCGGAGGAAUGAAUUGGUAUUGGUGAUUGCUGAAUGAAACAAAGUAUUACUGUACUUCAAUCAGUAAACAGAAGACUUGAUCUUUAAUCAAUUUCAUUCAUUCAUCAAUUUUCUUCUAAAAAUUUCGACUAAAUUCAGAUUAAUUCUGUCAAUUCUUACUUUCUUUUCUUUCUUUUUUUUUUGCAUUAAAUAAAGCUAAAAAA